UGGUGAUGCGGCGUUCCGGCAUCAGCUGGCGCAGAUAUUGCAUCUCAGCUGGGAGACGGGCCCAAUUGAAAACUCUAGUGUUGUUGGUUGGUCUCCUGGCUGUGGCCAGUGCCGAGUGGAUCGAAAUCGAUUGGUCGCAGGUGCGUCCAAUUGAGGACUUCGACCACUACUGGGCCCGUCUCCCAGCUGAGAUGCAAUAUCUGCGCCAGCUGAUGCCGGAACGCCGCAUCACCAAUGGACAACAGGCUACCCCCGGACAGUUCCCAUACCAGAUUGCUCUGCUGAGUACUUUCACCGGAGGUACCGGUCUGUGCGGUGGAUCCGUCCUGACCAAUAACUUCAUCCUGACUGCUGCUCACUGUGUCCAGAAUGCUUUGGGAGGUACCGCCAUCAUGGGAGCACACAACCGCAAUGUCGCUGAGGCUACCCAGCAACGCAUUGCUUUCACUUCGGCCGGAAUCCACAUGCACCCUGGAUACACCCCAACCAACAUCCGUAACGACAUUGCUACCGUUCGCCUGAACAGCGCCAUGACCUUCAACGACCGUGUCGUCCCGACUCGCAUUCCUGCUGCUGGAGAUGACCGCUCCUUCGCUGGAGUCACCGGUACCGUUUCUGGAUUCGGCCGCACUUCGGAUGCCAGCCAGGCUACGUCCGCUGUCGUCAUGUUCACCAGCAACCCAAUCAUGACCCAGGCCGACUGUCUUGCACGCUGGGGCGGAAACACCAACAUCAUCCAGGCUCAGAACAUCUGUCUGUCCGGAGAUGGCGGUCGCUCUUCCUGCAACGGUGACUCCGGUGGCCCAUUGACUGUCCAGGACGGUGGCAGCCUGCAGGUCGGUAUUGUGUCCUUCGGCUCUGCUGCCGGAUGCUCGAUUGGCAUGCCUUCGGUGUACGUCCGCGUGUCGCACUUCAGAGACUGGAUUUUGUCUAACUCGGAUCUGUAAACUGAUAUUGACCCUUAGAAAAUACACUGCUUUAACUUA